AUGUGGCCUAGCAGUCACUUCGGUUUACCUUUAAUUUCAUAUUCCAGUCAUAUUCGUUGCUCUUCUCUUGAUUUCCAAUCUUUUGGUCCUUAACCAAUGGAGAACUUUUACUCGUAAACUCUGAUAGCUAGUGGCAAUGUCAAACAGAAGUCACAGAUAAGCAAGCAAAAGGGAGUAGAAGUCAGUUCGUUUGCUAAUGUCAAGAGUGAGAGUAAAGGCGAGAAUGAAAAGAAGGACAGGCGUAAAAUGAUUAUUGACAUCAACACAAAAAUGUUUACUGUGGUUGAGUUGAUAAACUUAUAUGGUGAAGUUAACUAGCAACUUAUAGAAUAGGGUUAGAUGAGAUUGGGCAGAAAAUUCAUUGAAGCCACUGAGAACUUAAUUGAAAUAAAAAAGCAUUUGUUAUAGCUUCAAAUUACUUUCAAUGGCAAAUAGAUUGAUCUAGACAGAUUUAGGAAUGUUUGGAAUUACUACUCUAAAGAGCUACUAGAUGAUGAUCAAUAGGAGAAGGCGCUGCAACAAAAGCUACCAACUAUUAGCGAUAAUGAGACCAAUAUGAUGAUAUUAGAAAGCAUAGCAGACAUAGUAUCAGUAUUCUCAAUGAAUAUGAGUGCGACAGAGAGGAAAAGAUGUUCAUGCAUGUGUCGAGUACAAUCUUUAUUUGGGUUUAUGGAGUAAAAUAUGAUGCUACUCUCUAAGAACUUUGAUGGAAAGCAUUUUAUGAUCAAUGGAUAUAAAGGAGCGAAGAUAGACUGUAUGUUCUUUCCUUGCACAAGCGAAACUCAUCAGAGUAUAAGCAUUGAUAACCCUGGAGGAGAAUACAUCAAUAAGCCUACCUUUAUUAUCUGCAAUCCUAAUGCUCUAAUUUAUCAAUAAAUGGUGAACUCGCCAAAUUCUUACUGGCUUACUUUCUUUCUUAAGAGAGGAAUUAAUGUGAUGUGCUGGAACUAUCGAAAAUAUGGACUUUCAAAGAGCACCAUAUGUACAGGGAUUAAUCCAUACAACUCAAAGCUAGAUGCUGAAAAGGUUAUGGAUUUCUUGCUUAAUAAAAUGAAAGUUAGAGGUUAGAUAGGAGUUUAUGGAAGGUCAAUAGGUGGUAUAGCAUCAACUCACCUAGCAAACAAAUUUCCAGAAUAAGUUAAGUCUUUGAUAGUUGAUAGGACUUUUAACGAAUUGGAUGUGCUAAGUUAGAGAAGAGUUAGCGGUGGCUGUACAAGUGCCGUAUUCAAGAUGAUUAGUUAUAGCUGGCAGGCCCUAAAUGAUUAUAAUUUUGCGAAUGCCCCUUGCUACAAAAUUUUGACCUGUGAUCCAUAAGAUGAUGUAGUUGAUAAUUACUGUUCAUUAGCUACAGGUGUGGCACAAAAGCUUUGCUAGAAUAAUUAUAAGGAUAACAAGUGGAAACUGUUCUUUUAAUGUCUAUGCGCUAUCUAUGAUAUGGAAGACCAUUUAUACAAUAAAUUGAAUGACCAGGAGAAGUCAUCACUUAGAUUUAGAAUUGUUUCACAAAUGGAUGAAACAGUAUCUAGUGUCAGAUAGAGUACAAGAAAUAUGUCCAUAAAUGAUAUCGAAGAAGAAAAUCAUACUAAUGAUGACAAUCUUUAAGAAUCUCUGCUAAAACAUAAUGAUGAUGAUUUAGAGCGCUAGAAUUUUGAUAGGACUGGAGAUAAAGUAGAAAGCAUAAUGAGUCCUAAUGAAAAUCUCUAAGAAAAGAUUAGUAUAACUUACAUCUAGAAAAGACUUUAUACCACUAAAUCAUUCCAUGAUAUACACUACAACAUGCAUUUGAUUGUUUUAAUGCUAAGUGACUUUACAGCAGGAACAGUUUCUCUAAGGGAUUGUCUGAAUAAUACAAAAGAGAGAAGUAUCGAGGAGUUCCAGAUAUUCCUUCAAGUUCUUGAAGUUUAUGGAGUAGGCUAUGAAGAUGAUAUCAUUUAAGAGAAGAUUAUUGAUCGAUCACAAAUUACUCAUAGCUAGCAAGCAGUAUUUUAGCUUCAAGAAAUACUUUAAUGCUAUCAAAGGUGCUCAAGCGCAUUAAUAAAGAAAGACAGUAAAAGCUAUGGAGGCAAUAAGAUCCUCAAGCAGCAUUUAAUCAACUUUCUGCAGUUUCAGAUUGAUUGCAUCAAUGACCUCGUUGCUAUUCAAAAUAAAAUCCAGUACUAUCAAAAGUAUCAGACAGACUAUGAUAUUUUAAAAUAGGGUCAUUUGGUUUAUAUGAAAUGCGGUCAUAGAGGAAAGCCGUCAAGACUGGAGGAAAAGAGAAUAUCGAGAUUACUUAGGAAAUCAGGAUUCAUACCGAUGCUAGAGGAAGUUUAUAAGGAAGACAAGCAAAAGGUAACUGUGAGAAUUUAGAAAAGUCCAUCUUAACUUACACAGUUAUAAUAUAUAAACCAUUCACAAGAUUCUCAAGAGAGAAAGAUAAACUCAUUGAAAGAAAAACGAUCUAAUCUUGAAGACUUGAACUUAAAGAUAGAUGACUUGAACAGAAAUAAUACACAAAAUGACAUUACUGGUAUAAACGAAGAUGAAAAUGCAAUGUCUUUUGACAAGAGCCAGAAAGAUAUCUCUAUUGGUGGUGUAGGUGCUAAUGGAUAUAAAGUUGGAAUGAAUAUGAAUUUGAUUGGCAUUAGUCCUGGCAAUGGUUUGGCUAAUCAUCAUAUGAAUUUUAUUAAUAGGAUUCAGAGAGAAGGCUCAGGGGAGCAUGGAUUCUCUGAAAAAUCUAGAGAUGGUUAGACUUCAAGCUAUUAACUCUCUGAUGAGGAUAGAGGUUCUGGCAAUAUUAACAAUCAAACUAAGGAUUAGAACUAUAGAGAUAUGCUAGCUAUCAGCAGUAGUGAUGAAGGAACUAACGGCAUCAUUAACAACUUGGCAAAAUUCGAUUGA